UAUUGAGCAUGUUAUAUCAUACGACAGUAUUACGUGAUAUUUGUUCACAUUUCUUCACGUGUCGUACUGUUCGUACUAGACUCGCCUGUCAGUCACCUUAAACUGUAUGUAAUGAAGUGUUUUAAAUUGUCCAGACAAAACUUACGUACACAUAUUUCACGUUUUGCAAAAGAAAAGAAUACGCGUUUAUUUUGCGUUACUGCAGUUACGUUGUUAUGCCGUGUUUAGUGAUGAUGUUUCACGUAUUAUGGCUGAAUGCAAGCAAGCUGCAACAUUGAAAGAGUUGAAGAACAAAUGUCUUCACAAUAGUGUUUGAGUGACCACCGAAUAUCUCGACCUUUGGAGUUUUGAUGAGCUUAGCAUUAUAAAUCUAGCUCUUUACUUUUUGUAUUACAGGGCUUAUUUAAAUAAUUUGACUUUGACCUGAUAACAGACAUUUAAAUAGAAGUCAUUCGUUAAAUUGAAAGUUUGAACCUGCUGACAAAUUGGACCUUACGAUGACUCGCAUUUUUGUGAUCUUUGAUUUGCUUCGACGCGAACUUCAACCCUAAUUUCUUGUCUAAACACGCAAACUUCAUGAGCUUUAAAAUCAUUUGCUGUUAUAUUUCCCACACACCUCACUAAUUUUGUAAUUUAGUUGGUUGAUAGGAUUUCGCUUGCUUGCUAUAGUUUUGAGUUUUAUGGUGGGACCAUAACCUCAUCUGAGCUUGGAAGAAAAAAAUAGCAUUUAUCAGUUUUUAUUUUAAAGAAUAGCUGACGUUGAUUUCCUUCAAUUUGGUAAUUUGAUGAAAAUUGUCCAGCCAGUCUGAAAAUCAUUGCAUUUCGUUUCAAAUUGAAUUGCAGCCAUCUUGAGUUGGUUAAGGCCCUAGCGUACCAGAUAUUCUUCGCUUAUCGAUACCAUCCUAUUUUUGAAGCGCAUUUCAUUAUUAAUUCAUUGUGAGGAAAUCACUUCGUCAAUUUUUAAUUCAUAUCUUCUCAAGUCACAAAUCAGAAUCGACCGCUGAUUGUUAUAACAUUAUUCAGUGCACUGGUUUAUGUUCAAAUACCGCUUACAAUUUUUAUUUUGUGGUACUGUUUGAAUAAAAGUGGGUUCGUUUCAAAAAUGCUGCCUCACUUCCUGAAAUGUUACCCUUCACUUCUAGCCAACGCAAGUAAAGCCCAAAAACGCAGUUACUAUGCUAUCUUCGCCAAUUUAAUGUCGAGCAGUUUCAUUUCAUCAGGUAUUUUGUUCAUCAAACUCAGCAAAAGCGAAGGAAGUGAAAUUUCCUUCAUUGUUGGAAUUUGCGGCAUUCUUACUAGUCUCGUUUUUAUCAUGAAGUCAGCCAAAUCGACCGAACCGGAUGCGAAAUUUCCAAGUGAAAAAUUAAAAUCAGAAAGUUUGAGAUCCAUCAAGUCGUUCGGUGCCAAAGAUGUAAUUUGCACACUGUUAUUGGGCGCCGUGUUUUGCGGUGCAUACACACAUUUUUACUUUUACUCCUUGAAUUACAUAACAAUGGGCGACGCUUUUACAGUUUCUCUUGCGAUUCAUUUCGUUUGCAACAUUAUUUUGGAGAGUAUAGUGCUCAAAGAGAUGCCACAUGUUUUGACAUUGAUUUCAGGACUUCUCGGUCUCAUCGGCUUAGUGCUCAUCUGCCAACCGGAGAGUCUGUUGCAACUUCAGUUUGACCUCAAGUACACUACAGGAGUGGGCUUUGGUGUCUUAUCUGGAGUUUCAGGCACAAUAUACUACUGCGGGUUACAGAAGUUCAAAAACGUGCCUGGAUCCAUCACACAGUUGAGCUACUUUGUGGGGCCUGUGCUUUAUUGCAGUUACGACAUGAUUAAAAAUCAUAUGCAGUUAUCAAUUUGUGCCUCUAAUCUUCGCCUCUUUGCGCUCUGUGGAUGUUUCAUGUAUGUCUUUGGAGGAAUGGCCAGUGUGCAGGGAUCCCAACUGUCUUUGCCUUCGAUAGCCACGCUGCUGAAACUGCUGACAAUUAUUCUGGGAUAUAUUUUGCAAAUCAUUUUCCUCUCAGAGACGCUUUCUCUAUUCUCAACGAUCGGCGCUUGUCUCAUCUUCACAAGUAUUCUACUACAAAGUUUCCUCCUCAUCAAAAUCAGAAAGUAAAUUCUCCCUGAACAUCUUGAAGCAAAAACACAGUGUGCUUUUAUUUUUGUUGCUCUCAGCUUAAGUUGUUUCGUAAUUGUAGAUUUAAGUAGAAAA